GUCUUCUCAUAAGUGUACGCAUCGCGAUUUGCCUAUGAUACUCACAAUUAGAGAAAGAUUGGCAGAAACAAAGAGUUUAUUGUUAGGAUUUUUCUUUAGGUCCUUGAGCUGAGGCGGUGUUAGCUCAGCAUGACGUGAUGAUAUUGACUUCCACGUCGUGCAAUAAGCUGCUGUAAAUUGUCCAGAAUUCCAUGCUUGUCUAAGAGAAGAAGUCGUCCCUCCCACGAGCCGAUAAACAGGCAGCUACUUAGGGCAUCUCAGACUCAAAGUUUGCUGGUUGUCAGAGGGAAUUACCUUAACUGUCAUCUUAAGCUUCAAGGUUCUUCAAGAAGGAAAUUCAGCUCUCUCCUCUCUACAGGAAAAGUGGAUUGUCGAUUGUGACAAAAUGGCGGGCUAUUUUGGUCAUGUCGGAGGACAUGUGCCUCCGUAUUCAGUGGGAAGCCACGGAUUGAGUCAUCCUGCACCGAAUAUCGAUUUCUUCAGUCAAAUGGCUCCUCCGCCGUGUGCGCACCCGAGAAAACAACGUCGAGAAAGAACGACAUUCACCAAGGCCCAACUUGAAAUCCUAGAAGAGUUAUUUAGCAAAACAAAAUAUCCCGACAUCUUCAUGAGGGAAGAAGUAGCAAUGAAAAUAAGCCUUCCAGAAAGCAGAGUGCAGGUUUGGUUCAAAAACAGAAGAGCCAAAUGUCGGCAACUGGACAAAGCCGCGGAAAAUAAAAGAAAACUCGAAAAGAAAUCACCUCCUGGAACAAUUCCGACGUCCAAACUUGAACAAAAGAAAUCAAGUCCUUCCCCAUAUCAGCUUCCCAGCUGCAGCGCAAAUAUGAAUAACAUGUGGAAUGGGCCAGCAUCUACUCCGCUGACACACAGUCAAAAUUACCCCACCCCUCCCGUGCUGACAAACAAUUCCGGUCCGGUGUUUAUGCCUCCCCCACAUCCUCCCCCUGCGCCGGCACCCCCACCGUAUUAUCGGCCGAACUCGGACUGUUCGUACAUGUCAACAUCACCUUACAUGCACAUGAAUAGGCCUGGGGAGCAGGCGUACCCACCGACUCACAUGUAACGACCAUCCAACUGUUAGAUUUUCGCAAAACAGUGAUGCACAUGAUUCGUCAGCUCCAAUGGAAUAUCCACUACAGAGACCUCACGAGUAUCUCACGAAGACUGCCGAAGGCAUCCAAGGGGUACGGAAGCAUCAAGGAGUACGGAUGGACGACGUUAACGGAAUUCGGUUGAAUUCUCAAAGGCAAUUUUUUUA